GUAUUCAUCAGCUUUGCCAAUUAUGAAGGAAUGUAUGCAAAAAUUAUUUUAUAAUCAUAAGCAUCCUUCAGAUGGAUUUGUAGAAAAAGCAUUAAAAAAUGCUAUUAGAAUAGGAGUGCCUGAUAAAUUCUUGAAGUUAGUGUUUAAAUGUUUACCAUUGACUGCACUUAGAGAUAAUUUCAUUAUUAUUUUUAACAA